UUUCCCACUCUCUCUCUCUCUCUAUCUCUCGCUUGAAGAACAAGCUUGGAAUAUUUGUUGCAACGGGCUAAUAAUCAAUAUCUUUCGCUAAUAAAGAAGAAAAAUAGAGAUAUCUUUGGGAUUGAUAUCUCGAAAUGGGAAAGAAAGAGCAGAAGGAUCAUUCGACAGUAGAGAGCAACGACAAAGUCGAAGCUGUUCUUCAUCUCCUUCGUAAACAUUCUCCUCUCACUCUUAAACAGGAGAAGUUCUGUAACAGAGCUUGUGUCGGUAGAUUCUUGAGGACUAAAGGAGACAAUGUGAAGAAAGCAGCUAAACAGUUAAGGUCUUGCCUUUCAUGGAGAUCUUCUCUUGGCAUCGAUAGCUUGAUCGCCGAUGAGUUCACGGCGGAGCUUGCUGAAGGUCUUGCUUACGUUGCUGGUCUUGACGACGAGUGUAGACCCGUUUUGGUUUUCCGCAUUAAACAAGAUUAUCAGAAGUUACAUACGCAGAAACAGUUGAUUCGUUUGGUGGUAUUUACAUUGGAGGUGGCAAUCUCAACUAUGUCAAGGAACGUCGAAGAGUUUGUCAUCCUUUUCGAUGCUAGCUUCUUCAAAUCAGCAUCAGCUUUCGUGAACAUACUCGUGACUACACUCAAAAUAGUUGCAGAGUAUUAUCCUUGUCGCCUUUUCAAAACAUUCGUCAUCGACCCUCCUUCUCUUUUCUCGUACCUUUGGAAGGGUGUUCGUGCAUUCGUGGAUCUAUCAACGGCCACGAUGAUUGUAUCGAUGCUAGAUUUCCAAGACUCGUUUGACUACGACGACUUCUCUUCUGCAUACCCAUCACGAGUCUCCUCCCUCCGAUUCGACACGUCAUCGAUAAAAUCAGCGGACAAGAUCGGCUCUUGCGCAUCCUCUAGGUUCGCCUUCACCGUAUCCCGCGACGGUCUCGAUACGGUCAAACCAUGGUGCCUCACGCUGACCGACACGUCAUCAUCCAAACUAGGACCCACUGGCGCGUACAUCUCACCGCUAAACGCGCGUUCUUUCUCCUUCGCGUCGCCGGCGGCUAGAAGCGAGCCGUUUGGUGGGCCCAGGAGGAGCUUUUUCGCUUCCACGCCGAUGCCAGCUAGGACGACAGACCGUCACUCUAUCGGUACCCUCCGUGACCCGCGGAUACCCCGCCCGUCUUUCUUCCAAUCGCCGGCGAUUUUCUUCCGGCGAGAGUCACACGUCAGCAAAAGUGAGAAACCGCGAGAUUCGUUUGUUCCUUUCCUCAAGUUCUAUCGUAGACCGUACGAUGAGAUGACUUAUAGGUCAAAGAUGCGGCCCCCACUCGGUGGUCUCGUCUCUAUUGUUUCUUCCCAGAUUAGACGCCGCCACGUGUCUUUAUCACAACGGUUCUAACUUAUGAAAAUCAUCACCUCUUGAAGUUGAAGUAGUAUAUAACUUUUGUCAUUUUGUCAUGAAAGUUUUCCAUUGUUGUUUGUUAUUUCUAUCAUCACAGUUCGUCAGAUGUAUUUCUAAUAAUUUUGAUCAAUUGUUUAUUUA